GGAGAACAAAAAUCUCACCGGCACAGCUCGUUAUGCAAGCGUUAAUACCCACCUUGGUGUUGAACAAAGCAGACGGGAUGAUCUACAAUCUCUUGGUUACGUCCUUAUGUAUUUUCUGAGGGGAAGCCUUCCCUGGCAGGGUUUUGAAAGCUGGCACUAA